UUACAAUGUAGUCGUGUAUAUAACAGUAUAUAUUUACAAUGUAGCAGUAUAUAUAACAGUAUAUAUUUACAAUGUAGCAAUGCAUAUAACAGUAUAUAUUUACAAUGUAUCGGUGUAUAUAACAGUAUAUAUUUACAAUGUAGCAGUGUAUAUAACAGUACAUAUUUACAAUGUAGCAGUGUAUAUUACAGUAUAUAUUUACAAUGUAGUCGUGUAUAUUACAGUAUAUAUUUACAAUGUAUCGGUGUAUAUUACAGUAUAUAUUUACAAUGUAGCGGUGUAUAUAACAGUAUAUAUUUACAAUGCAGCAGUGUAUAUUACAGUAUAUAUUUACAAUGUAGCGGUGUAUAUUACAGUAUAUAUUUACAAUGUAGCGGUGUAUACAACAGUAUAUAA